CCACACAUCACAAAUAAAAUACUCCUAUUUGGUUCCAAAUUCAAUAUCCGAAGAAGUGCACAGAAAGACUCAUUCCCAGAAUUUAGCUGAAGAAAUUGUCCAAAUGGAAUGUGAAAGCACUGAUAAUUUGCCAGAGUUCUUCAAGAUUUACAUGCCCGCUCUAUCUUCCAAAUUGCUGAGAAUCCCUCCAGAUUUUGUAGACAAAUUUGGUGAGGAUAUUCCUACAAAAUGCAGGAUAGAAAGGCGAGGGGAAAGAGAUAUGAGUUGGGAAGUUGAUGUGAAGAAAGUGAAUGAUUGUUGGUUUUUGGAAAAGGGUUGGCCUAAUUUUGUAGAUGAAAAUUCCCUAAGAGAUGGUGAUUUUCUCACAUUCUGUUAUGUUGCUAAAUCCAUCUUUCAUGUCCAGAUUUUCUCACCAAAUGGCUGUCCAAAACGAGAAAAUUGUGGGAUUUAUAACAAGACGAAGCCAGUGGCACGUAUCAACGGAGACCCUAGUAUUUCAUUUGUGAUAACCGAGAGAAACUUAGAGAAAGGGGCUUUGUGUUUACCAAUCGCGUUUUGGAAGGCACACAUGAAUGGGAAAAAAGGACCAAGAAUAGAGGUUACUCUUUGGGUGGAAAAUAAAUCAUGGAAUGUGGGAAUGGUGAUAUACAAUGAUAGUAAUAUUCGACUUCAAAGGGGUAUGUUUAAGUUUUUUAGAGAUAAUUUUGUCAAAGUUGGGAAUUCAUGCACUUUUCAUCUCAUACAUACCGAACACCUCUCUUUCAUGGUCACUUUUGAGUAGGAGAGAUUUUUUGGUUUCACUCCCAUUUCUAAUUCCAUUUCUUUUGAUUUUGUGCACAUGUAAAGUUGUUGUGGUAUUAUGUACUGUAUUUUGAAGUGAUGUUAAUUUCUGAUCUUUCUACAAAAUAAUUAUUUCGAGUUCAACAAA